AUCGCCGACUUUGUCACGAACCCCCGUUUCGACGACCCUACGUACCUCACGACGCUUGCCAUCGGGCUCGCUGCCGUCUUUGUGACCAUGUCGUGGUUCUCUCGCGCCGGCGGCAGCUGGGGCGGGCGCUUCUCGCCUUUUGGGCGUCCCAGCCAGAACCCCAGCUCGGGCGUCGUCAACGACUCGGAUUUCUCGUACAUCACCAACGAAGACCUGCGGAAGAACAACGGGACGGCGCCCGAGAUUGUCGACUGGGACGACAAGAACCCGGAGCGCGAGACGGACGUCGUGGUCUUCAAGGAGAAGAGGACACAUUACCCGACCCACUUCCCCGCGCACAGCAUCCGCGACGGAAACCUCAAGGUCGGCACUAUCAGACAGGCGGCGGCCAAGAAGCUCAACGUCGACGACGCCCGCCGCGUGCGCAUGUUCCACAAGGGCCGCAACCUCAAAUUCGACGAGCGCACCGCGCGCGAAGAAGGCCUCCGCGGCGACGGCACCGGCAGCGAGAUCCUCGUCACCGUCGGCGAAGCACCCGCCGGCGGCCUGGCGCCAGGCGCCGACGAACCCGCGCCGCAAUGGAGCGACAACGAAGUCUCGGACUCGGACGACGCGGACUCGGGCGCCAACACCUCAGGCAAGAAGAAGUCCCGCAAGCGCGGCGGCCGCAAGGGCAAGAAGAAGGGCCCCCUCCCCGCCUCCGGCUCCUCCACCCCAGGCUACUCCUCCGCGGCCCCGACGAACCCCGAAUUCCUCCCCAUCCCCUCGCACAUCGGCGCCCCGCGCCCCUCGUCCGCGCCGCCCACACCCAAACCCGCCACCGCCCCGCAGUCCGCGGCCCAGAAACUCGCCGCCAUCGCGUCGAAAUUCCACACCGAGUUCGUGCCGCUGUGCGUGCAGUUCAUGAGCUCGCCGCCCGCGGACAAGGCGAAGCGCGACUUCGAGUACAAGAAGCUCAGCGAGACGAUUCUGACGCAGAUUAUUUUCAAGCUGGAUGGGGUCGAGACGGAGGGCGAUGCGGAGGCGAGGGCGCAGAGGAAGGCGUUGGUGAAGGAGGUGCAGGGGAUGUUGGGGAAGCUGGAUGAGGCGGGGAAGCAGGCGAAUAUGUAG